GUGUGAAAUUCAAUCGCUGGAUAAUCGACUUCUGACGAGGCGCUGAUAUCGGGCGGUGCACGAGAGGUUGCUCUCCGGAUUGUGCAGGCUACGACAGUCGCAGAAGCAGCGGAGAAGGCGAGGAGAGAGAGAGAGAGAGAGAGAGAGAGAGAAUAGAAGACACGAUUAAAGGGAAUCAGGAGGAUACGUGCGCGCGCGGAGCCUCGAGCUGUGAAACAAGCGACGGAGAAGGAGGGAGAGAGCGAAGAGCCGGAGAGAAAAACACGGCGAAACGAGAAAAAUGAAAGCUGCCGCGAGGAUACGUGAGAUCGGAGGAAAAAUCCUGUACUCAGCGUCGCCGCGACGAUGCCCGCCUGACGUCUGAAUAUCUCCGGUGCAUGCUAGAAUUAUCGUGGCUGGAUCGUGGAGGAGGUUCGGUGAGAGGAAGUGAAAUGAUACCGACCAGAUUGAAUUCCCGGCGCGGAAAAAAAUUGCAGCCUCAUUUCGGAUUCGGAAUACAGAUUGCAGCGUGACUCACCAAGCGUUAUUGGACUACGAAGACCGAAAGGAGCCUCGACACGCUAUCUAGCAGACAAACUAAAAGGCGUCUAGCGCUCUUGACCAGAGCAGCCGAUAAUUCCACGUGAUUACUCGAGGUAUACCGACCGAGUCGAGCUACACUAUACUGAUACUUACCUCGCGUUGCUGACGCGCGAGUCCUAUUCAUCGCGAUAGUACUGUUUAAUGUCACCAGGUGGCGUUUACUUUCUUUUCUCAAGGCACAUGUUACACACAUACUAUUGACGAAGGUCGAGCAUACUUGUGCAUGUUGUUAUUUUUCCAUGUGAGAAUUUGAGGUUAUAUUCUGUGCAGCAGUACUUUAAAUUCUUAUUGCUAGAUAUCGGCACGUUGAUUCAGUACUUCAAAAGUUGUGACGAUGGCUUCAGUACUAGAGGCUCUAAGUUUUCAAUAGUAUCGAUUGAACGAAAGUUUUAUGUCAUAAACUGAUCUUUUUAACCGGACACUAUACGUACUUCGACAACUUUGUGCAACAUUGCAAGAUGCUGUGCCAAAAUUGCGUCAAGACUGCAAUUUACUUGAAAAAAUUCAAGAUUAUUGAGAGUUCAAUAAUACCUAAAUUUGCCAGGCUGUGCAGUACCAUAAACAAUGAAAAUUUAACAGAAUGGAACAAUGUUAAAUCAAAGUAUUCAGAUAAACAAUUGACAUUAGUUUUGAAAACCUUAAACAAAUGCAAUCUCAAAGAAAUGAAAAAGUUUGCUAUAGCAGAAAAUCAUAUCAAAAUUUUUGAAUCUUUUAAGAAAGCAAAGAAAACUUCUGACUCACUUGAUGAUUUGAUUGUGCUUGAUACAUUGAAGGUAUCUGAACUGGACAGCAUCUGUUCAGCUAUUUGUUCACCUAAAAAUACGAAAACGAAAGCGAGUAUAGUUACCCCACCAAUAAAAGUCAAGGAUUUAGAGAACAUUAAAACGGCCGUGGGUCUUCGUAUAGGGUCCAGUUAUGUAAGCUGGUCUCAACUGGAAUCAACUGGCUCUCAUUGUAACAUAUUAAAAUGGGAUUGCCAAAGCGUCUCAGAUUUGCCUUUAAAUGCAAGUCCCGCCGAAGUAAUUAAGAUGGGGGUCAAUAUAGCUCGAGAAAUUCCUAUAGCCGAUGCGUACGUUAUGGAAAAAGACGGUUCAAGACCGUUGUCGAAGAUCAACACCUCGAUAUACCGUGUACUAUUACGCCAUCAACAAUUGAUUUCGAUAGUUUUAACGGCGCUUUCCACAAAAUACCAAUCGGAACAUUCUCCUGAAUCGCCCAACAGUAACUUUUUCGAAAAUUUUUAUAUGAUGAAGGCGUUUGCGCCGGCUCAGCUAUUUAAUUUGUUUUUCGGCAACGAGAUCGUUUCGUCGAAUGACGUUGUUCAAUCUCUGUUUCAACAAGAAGACAUUGGCUUGAAGAACGUUUUAUCCUUAUCAUCAGAGGGAGAGGUAGGGCAGUUUUAUGAGUCACUGAACUUGUGUCGAAAAGAAGAAAUAAAUAAGAGCCUGCUGUUGACGUUAACGUUUUUCGAAUCAGCUGUAUUGGAGUCGAGAAAUCGCCUAUAUAGCGCGAGCGAUAAGUCUUAGUAUUUAAUAAAGUCUGUUAUAACAAUGA